AAUAUAGAUCUAAACUGCAAUAAGACAACGCCUUCAUGCACGCCCACAUCUUCAGUCAACAACAAUGUCUGAAGAUGAAAGAAGUUUCUCUACUUCUCUUUCUACUCUGUUCUUUGAAGGAGUAUUAUCUUUUCUCCGUGGGAUAAAAGACGUGAUACUAGGCUGUGUAUUUGCCUUAAGCAUAGUUUACAAGAAUAGUAAAAUAAGAAGCAAAGUGGGCCUAUCAUUCAUAUUAAACGGAUUCAUUCUAGCUUCAAGUAUACUCUUGUUUGAACAUGUUGUUCUGCCAGUAGUAUUGCUACUGACCAGCUGGACAUUAGGUCUCUUUGGUAAGGAUUUAACUUCUGAGCAGUUGUCUUGGUUGGAGUCGUUGCUGUCUUACACAUUCACUGGUCUAUGGAUGUUACCAAUGUUCCUCAUUUGUACUCCAAUAAACAGCAUAUGGUUCAGGGAGAUUGCAAUUGAGGCAAAUGAUCAAGCAGCGAAAUCACUUAAGAAGAAGCCAUCAAGGUGGAAUUUCAAAUUAAUGAUUACCGAUCUCCUUUAUGCAAUGGCUAUAGAAAUAGUCUUCACAAUACAAUCAACGGCAGUAAACUUCUUACCAGUUGGGGGCUCAGCCCUAUCAUUAAUUCACAUGUCAUUCCUCUAUUCACUGUACAGCUUUGAGUACAAGUGGUUCUAUCAAGGUAUUACUGUACAGAAGAGGCUGAGUUACAUUGAGCUCCAGUGGCCAUAUUUCCUUGGAUUUGGUCUUGUCCUCUCACUCAUCACUUCUGCUCCUCUUCUCUCUCCUUUUGGGGGCAGCCAAGAAGUGUUAAGACACACAGUGGGAAAUACUGUACUAGGUACAUGCGUCUUUGCUUUGGCUUUUCCACUUAUGAUACUGGCAUCAUUUAGUUGCUCUGCUCCACAAAUAAAUUUUUAUCGUCUCCCCGUUUUCAAACUAUCUCGCUUGACGUGUAACAAAGCUUUCAGCCUGCUCCUUCCAUCUCCUUCUUCAUCAUUACACUGAGAGAUUGAGACUUUGCUCCAAUGCAUGUGUUCUUGAGUUGUAUGUGUGUAUCAUUAUCAUUACUUUUAUAAUAAUAUAUAAUACAUUAUUGCAUUCACUGUAUGUGUAUCUAUUAAAGUCUAUUUCAAAAAUCAAUUUGGACUAAAAAACUUGCAAGUUUAA